GAGUUACCCUUUGUUUUUAUUUGUUUUUAAUUUUAGUGUAAGUUUGAAGUUUAUGUGCUUGCUUGCAAAGUCUCUUUGGGCGCGCUUACAACCACCCAAACUUCAUCUACGUGACCUUAACCAGGAAAGAGAUCUUGGGAGGCUGUUGCGUACUCUCCGUCUGUCGCCAGUGCAACUGGCCUGUUGCCAUGGGAACCAUUGGUUACCUGUUGGGAGUGGAAAAUACGACAUUGGGCGCCGUUUAUCGAGAGUUUACAAAGGCUCUGAACAUUGAGAUCAGCACUAUCGGCAUCAUGGACAUGCUGGAAAGCUUCUGCUAUGAUUUCAAACUGGGUCCUCAACAGAUAGAGGUGUUUGCUGAACGCCCCCAACGGCUGGUGGACAGGACAUCUGCUUUGAUUGAACUAGCCGCUGAUGCCUGGAUAGUGACGGGCCGCCAGCCUUUGCCCCUCCUCAUGGCAGCGGUGUAUUUGGCCUGGCAGUCACUAAAUCCUAUGGUGAGUGACGGAAUAUUUUCGUAAUUGUCAUUAAGUGACUAACACUGAAAGUGAGACAUUUGUGGUCCAGAUAGCACACAUACAUCUGCAAGUUGUCCGUUAAAGAUCGAUUCAUCUGGAAAGCAUCUUUUGUUUACACGCAUCUUACAGACGUCUGUAAGAUGUCAGAUUUAUGCACAUUCCAAAUCAUAAACACCUU